AUGGGUUAUAAUCACGAUUUAGUCUAUUAUUUAAAAGGUAAUUUUGGACUACUAAUAAAUUUCAAAGGCUUUACAUUAGUUAUAGAUUAUUCUAUUUCUAUUGCAAAUCAUCUAAAUAAAUUUAGUUUUCUUUUGAUUAGCCCGAUAAAUCAACCCAAUAUAUAAAAGUGCUUACAAGAAUCUAGGUAACCAAUAAUUACUUAUUAUCAUUUUAUUGGAGUUUCAUUAAUUCCCCUAGGCAAAUUCAUAGAAGCUCUUUAGAAAAUAAAAAUGGCAAUAGAUUUGAAUCCAAAGAAUGAGAACGGCUAUUAUAAUAAAGGGUAUUAUUCUAAAUAUUGGAAAGCCUUGCUCUAUUAAUAUUUUGAAUUCUCUCUAACUUUAUAUGAAUUGGAAAAGUAUUAAGAAGCCUAAAAUGCUUAUGAAGAUGCAAUAAAAUUGAAUAAUCGCUAGGAUAUCACAUACUAAGGGAAAGGCAAUAAAUAUAUGUAAAUAUUCAAUAGGCAAAGACUCUUUAAAGUUUCUAAACUGAAAUUGAUCUAAACAAAAAUAAUGAUGGAGCUAAUGGGAAAAAGGUUCAAAAUUCUUUCAUUUUUUAUCUCUCUCUAAUUUCUUUAAAAUAAACUUACUUAAUUACAUCUGUUGUAAAAAUUCAAAGAUGCAUUAAUUGUUUAUGAUUAAGCAAUCUAUAUGAACAAAAAUCCCAUUAGAUUAAAGCUCAAGGGUAUUCUUUACUUUUUAUAAUAAAGUGACACAUUAGAAUUCAUAAUGUUGA